UGAUGGGUUAGUGGUCAGAGAACAACUCAUUAACGCGGGGAUAAGGGGUUCGAUUCCUUAAUGAAGCUAGCUUUUUUCUUUCAUAUUAGACUGGAUGUUUGUAUGCCAUUUUGCGUAACUUGUAGUUUAUGAUGAAGAAAUGUUAUUGGGGUUAAGGUUAGGUUAGGGUAAGGGUAAGACACAGUGUUUUUGCAACACAAUAUUUCUUACAAUAACACAAAGUCCAAAGUUUUGAUGACUCCAGUAGGAAACUUAAGAUACCUAGAGAAAUGCGUGAGUGCUCACAAAACAUCAACAAGUCAGCAGUGUGGUACAGGGUGAUCAUUUCUGAUAUACAGUACAAAAGCUGAAACUAUUAGCCAGGAGUGGGAAAGAUGCAGACACAGACGUGGGAAGCAAUAAGACACACCAACACACAGUUGCCUGUUGCAAAAUGGUUCAGAGUUUAAUAGAAAUAGUUAGGGUUAGCUAGGGAUUUUUUUUCGAAGAACAGAGAACAGUACACACUGUGCACCCCACUGCCGAGCUCCAUGGCAUCCUUCCCCACUUCGUCACUUCAUACCUGCUAUGGCGUUAUCUGGUAUGGCUAUAGUCUAAUGUUAGCUUAGCUCGUGUUGUUUUGUCAUGUUAAUCGCUAGUAAUAGUAAGUCAUUUGUAGAAAUAUAGACUAUCAUCACAGACUGUAGGAAUGUCCCCCACCCUCCAUUGCGAACGACAUGACGCUCGUAAUCCUGUAGUGCAAGGGAGUUCGUGCACAGAUCCCGGAGACAAACGGCUACGCGCACCCAUAGCGAUUGACAUAGGACGUAAAGUCCCGCCCCGGGCGAAGUGGCGUCGAUUUAGAGAGUCCCUGUUGAGGACACUCGAAAGCCGCGCCAUUUUUGCGUCCUUUGUUUUUGAGAAUUCCGAGAUUUUUUAAGGAUGCAUCGCUGCAUCCUAGACGAGCCCUAACUACCCACAAUCCUCUGCGUUCACACGCUGCACGGGAUAUUAAUGAAAAUGGCAGAGGGAAAGCAGUGCACGUUCAAAUGGUCAGCCCAGCAAACGGAGGCUUUUGUGCACCUUAGGGUGGCGCACAAACAUGUUGUCAAAUAAAUGCACCACCGAUCAUUUGCAAUGUUUGUAAUUUGUAUUGAACGUAUAUAAUUGUAUUAUAUAUAAUAUACUUAUGUGUUCAAAGCACUGGUAGAUUGUAGGUAUAUAUGAAUGAAUGAAUCAGAUCAGUUAAAUAAUAUAUCCAAAUAAAUACAUGUUUAUCAUCACUUUCUUUGUCUUUUUCCCCUGCAUAAUAGUAAUCAACCAUACUGUAAAUGUGAUGCAUGAAUUAAGUUCUCAGACAAUUUCACUUGGUUUUAUAAAAAUUGAAUGGAAUUUCUAAUAAAGACGAUUCGAUCAACCGCAACAAAGCUUUUGUGACUUCCUCAAAGAGGGAAUUCCAUGCGAAGGAGACAUGACCGCAUUCAUAACAGGUAAAAGUCAAAUAAAUAUCGCUUGAUUGCUGCCAUGUUUUAUUCAUAAGCGCACAUGUGUUUACAAGCGCAAACGCAGUAUUAAAAAUCGGAAGCGGAAGCGCUUCCACACUAGCAAGUCAUUCCAAAGUCCGAACGCUAGGAAGCACUCGAGCUAGCACUCUAGUCUCAUCUUCAUAGGACGCGACUAGCAAGGACGCGGGAAACAGCCAUAGUACUGAAGUGAAAUUGAAAUUGAGCAGAAGUAGGUAGGUGGGCGGUGCCAGGCUAGGUUACUACAGGGGAAGAAAAGCCAUGGUUUUGCUCUUGCGGGACGAGGCACAUGACCGGCUGUGUGUUGGGUGAGGAGGAGAGAGGGGAUGACAGAAAACAUGACUGCUGCUACGACAUUGUUCUUUAUGAAGGCAAUCUCUAUAAGGGUCUGCGGACGAAAAGGUUAAUGUCCCAGAAUGGCUUUGAGCAAUUAAAAUACAUUGAUGCACCAUAUACAUUAAACCCUUUAUAAUUAUGUUCUCAGUCAUACCAAGCCCUAAGGGUCAAUUGUGUUUUAACCUGUUGAGUAUGUAUUAGUUACUAGACAUUUAGAUAUGGUUUUGCCUCAUGGCAUGAGAAUCAAACAUUUACAUUGCCGAAGCGGGUAAAUUGCCCUUUCUCUGACCCCCAGUCAUACGUUUACAUGCACAGCUUAAUCUGAUUAAGGCCAUAGUUCGAUUAUGCUCCUCCAACUGCAAUUGUCUGAGUAUACAUGGCAGUGAGAAAAUCGAUUCAAGUAUUUCUUUCCCCGGUACGAUAGGUGGCGCUGUGCCCAUUUCAAUUAGUGGUAAUAGAGCCAACGGUUGACCUCUUCACGUCACUUCACUAGCAACAACAAACUCAGGCCGCCGCAGCAUUCGAGAAUGAUGUUUUCAGUAGACAGCUGUCAGUUCACUUCGGUGCCAUGUCAUUUCUCCGACGCUUCAUUGUUCCGACCUCUCGGUCGUAUGCAGACUCCUCCAGCGGCGGAGCAACGGGAGGAGUCCAGCCGGAGGAGUCUGCAUAUGGCCGAGAGGACGGAACAAUGGAGCGUCGGAGAUAUGGACCCGAGGUAGGGGUGCGCAUGGAUAUGUGUAACGAGUUAGUAAAUCAUAACCGUUUAGGAAAAAUCAGUACACGAAAACCGUAGAAAAAUAAAUAAAUAAAUUACCGCGCCCUGUUUCAAUGGGAAUCGCGACGGCCCGUACUUUCAACAUAAAGUUUACAUAUUUAUAAUUUGAAAUUCGUCCCAGCCUUUAUACCACAGAUGCUCUAGGUUCUAGGGUCUAGCACAGUGGUUUUCAAACUGUGGGGCGCCAGAGUUCUUCAGGGGGGGCGCGAAGUGAGAAAAAAAUAAACCCGAAAAAAAAACUGAAAGUCGAUGAUUCAAAUCAUAAAUCGUACUUCAACUGUAGAAGUAACAUAACCAGUGACGGCUGGUGGUGAUUUUUGGUGGGCGGGCUAACGAAUGCAUUACAUUUAUCAAUAGGCCUACUUCACAGGGCUCCAGAUGCCAUGAGGUCACCUUUAUAUCUUUGUUCAUAACUUUCAUAUAAUGUGAAUGAUUUUUAAACAAGAAUAAGGUGUAGAGAAAUGCGUGUCUUUAUUUGAAGCACAAUUAUAAAUAAAAAGAAAAAUAAGGUGUUUAAAGUGCUUCACUGAACUGAAAUUGAACAUUUCAAACUCAACCAUUAAGCAAAAUAAAACUUUUUUUUGUGCUUAAGGCGAGACACGGCAGGUGAAAUAUCGAUUUUUUCAUGCCCUGGUCAAAUUUGAGAUUUUGAGCUAGUUUGCCUCUUUAACUUGUUAUCUUUCAUACUACCGUAAAGAAAACGUCAAAAUUACACAUUUAUGUGUCUGUUUCACUGCAUUUAGUUCAGCCGCGGCAUCCAUUUCGUCCUAAAGAACUAAAGUCGAUUCAUUGGCUGACGGCGCUUUUCUGCUAACGUGAUUCGCUCAGUGCCUCACGUGUUGUCUUUUUGACAUUUCCGUGUUAGCUUGCCGCGGGAACUUUAGAAAUGCCUCGUCUUACUAAAUUGUCCUCUAAAAGAAAGACACAAAUGGGUCUAGCAAGAUCCACGAGAAUUUAUCAGCCGGCCGAAUUGCCUCAUAACCCUCCAGUGAACAGCGCGUCCGGUCGUAAGUUGUUUACUAACCGUGAGGUGAGCGCCACUGACUGCGCGACACAGCAGUGGUUGAUUGUCCAUGUCUCUCGUCUAAAUGAGAUGAUAAAUGAUCUUCUGGGUCCUAACUGUGCCGAAUCGGAUCUGUCAAUAAACAUUGAUAAAAAAAAACAGGGCUUUUGCAGUAGCCUGAUUCUGGAGUGCAACCGUUGUAAAGCUGAGGGUGGGUAUCGGCGAAGCGUGUAUACAUCCACACGACUGCAAAGUGAGACCCGCGGAGACGUCGCCUUUGACGUAAAUGUGCGAAUGGUGCUGUUGGCACACGAGUUGGGCUUGGGUUAUGCUGCGCUGAAAAAGAUCAGCAAGGUUUUGGGGAUCCCUUCCCUUCAUUUGAAAACGUACCAGCGACAUGACAAAAGAGUUACAGGUAGGCUAUGGAAAGAUGAGGAAUGAUUACAGACUUGGAUGAUAAUAAUGUAGGUCUAGUAAUAAUAAAUAUAUGUAGGCUACUGUAUUAGGUAAAUGUACACAUUAUUAUGGUAGAUAGGUAUUAACUCUAUACACAUCCAACAUAAUUAUGUUACACCACUAGUAGUAAACAUAAUACACCAUACAACAGAUAAUAUUAUAUUAGGCUAAUAAUACAUUAUGUUAUUCUUUUGAUUAUGUUAUAAAAAAAAAGGACAUAAUAAAAUGAGCAGAUGUUGACACAGUGGGCCCUAUUUUAACGGUCUGAAACGCAAGUGGGAAGCGCAAAGCGCAAGUAGCUUUGUGGGCGGUUCUACGGCGCUAUCGCUAUUUUACAGGCGGAUAAAUGACGCUUGCGCCGCGGCGCAAGUGUCAAAAGGGUUGGUCUGAAGCAGCCUAAUUACCCGUAGGUGUGGUUUGGGCGUAACGUGCAACAAACCAAUGAGAGUGCCAGCUCCCAUCCCCUUUAAGAGCCAUGAGCGCAUUUGAAUCGGACGAGUUGAUAUUUUGACAGCGCGUCUGCAGUCUCCGAGAAUUUCAUACUGCAAAUGGCUUAGUUUAUUGCCAAAUAAUAUGGCCUAAUUCACACAUGGAAUAUACUGAGUCCUCAAAUAAAUUUCGGCAAAGAAAACGUAUGAUAGGCAAUAACAUAUGAUAUGCGGUAACUGUGGUUCUAUUUAAUGAUGUACGCAAUACAUUAUAAACAUUGUUUCUUAUCAGUAUUGUAUGCUAUCCUAAUAUGCAUGUGUCCCCGCGGUAAUAUACAUUGCCAUUGAUUGUAUUAUGCGUUACGUGUUUAGUUUGCCCAAGUGAAGGAGUUCAAGUAGCCUACCUCGGGGUCUUGUUCGCGAGUGAGGGAACUAUGGAGCGUGAGAUUGGCCGGAGAAUCGGAGCAGCGGGGGCGGUAUUGCGUUCGCUUUACCGUUGUUACGAAAAGAGAGCUGAGCCGCAAGGCAAAGCUCUCGAUCUACCGGUCGAUCUUCGUUCCUAUCCUCACCUAUGGUCAUGAGGGUUGGGUGAUGACCGAAAGGACGAGAUAGGGAUAGGGUGAGAAGCUCAGCCAUCCGUGAGGAACUCGGAUUAGAGCCGCUGCUCCUUUACUUAGAAAGGAGUCCGCUGAGGUGGUUCGGGCAUCUGGUAAGGAUAAGAAAUACCAUGCAAAUUAAAUUUAAAUGAAGUGAAAUUUCGAGGUUGGAAACUGGGCGCCUUACAGAGCACACACGCGCGCCCGCAUUCAUUCAUUCUUUUUAACACUCACUCGCGGUAAAACAAUGUUUUUCCCGAUCAAAUAGGCCUACUCAUCAAUCCUAAAAGUUAUGGGCAUGUAGGCCUACACGAUGUCUGUGUCAAGAAAAUAUGUGUUUGCUGUACGGUGUUUGCAGAUGCAUUGAUUUAAAAGUACAACUUAUUACCGCUGCAUCAGCUGUUCUUUCCCAAAUAAUUUACCAAGAAUGUGCGGCUAGGUAGAUGAGAGAAGCAAAGUGUAUGCGCGAGGUGCACAAGCAAUCCGUAUGCAUCGCAUGCGCAUGUAUCCAUGCGCCCUUAAAAUAGCGUCUGAACAACGCGCCACUGACUUUAAACCAGGUAUUUCCUGGUCAGUAGCGCAAUGGUAUUCAGAGACGGCAAAAUACCGUUUGCGCCAGAACACACCUCCUCCUUCCGCCGAACCGCCCCUUGCGGCGCAUGAUCAAUCCCUAAUUUACCGGCGAGUGGCGCUGGUGGGAAAAGAACGCUUUGCGCCAGUUGUAAACUAGCAACGACACAUGCGCCAGUGACUAAGUCACUUGCGCCGGAUGCAAGAUAGGGCCCAGUGUGUAUUUUAAUUUUAGUGGCAGAAAUUGAGAGGGGACUAGGGUCCUUGCACAAGGCCAGGGAGAGCAUCAGGCAGGCGUAUGCAGAUAUGGAUCCGGAGGUGGCUGAGUCACUGAGUCAGGAUACGGAUGCUGUGAUAGACAUUGGGGUCUCCUUCGAUGGGACCUGGCAGAAGCGAGGCUUCACCUCACACUACGGUGUGGGUGUCUGCAUUGACAUCCUGACAGGUCUCGUUAUAGAUUACGAGAUCCUGUCAUCUUACUGCCAUGCAUGCGCCUGUAAGAACAGUGUGUUGAAAGCAGGAGAAAUCAGUGAGGAGGAGUUUGACAGCUGGAAAGAAGGCCACAAGGCUGACUGCGCUAAAAACUUUGCUGGCUCCAGCAAGGCCAUGGAGCAGGAGGCUGCCAAAAGGAUGUGGGGUAGGUCAGUGAGCCGUCAUCAGCUCAGGUACACGGAGAUGCUGUCGGAUGGAGAUAGCUCAGCAUUCCGGCAGGUAGUAGAGCUGAAGCCCUACCCGGGUCAGGAGGUCACCAAACUCGAGUGCAUUAACCACGCUCACAAAAGAAUGGGCACUGCACUCAGAAAGAUAAGUGUAGACAAUAAAUUGGGUGGCAAGGGAUCAGGGAAACUCACGGCAAAGAAGUGCAAAUCUCUACAAAAUUUUUACAGGGGGGCCAUUCUAAAUAAUCAGGGAAACAUUGAGGGCAUGAAGUCGGAGAUAUGGGCGGGCCUGCUCCAUUGCAUGUCUACUGACGAAGUGCCAUUGCACAACAGAUGCAACCCCCAGUGGUGCUUCUUUAGGAGGGCGGAAGACAACGGAGAGACCCCUGACAGCCACUCGCUUCACUCAAAAAACCAUUUGUCUCGGGAAGUGGGUCAGACACUUGUGCCCAUUUAUCAUCGAACGUCAAGUGACAGUCUCCUGCAAAAAAUGCAGCAUGGGGGCACACAAAAUAACAAUGAGUGCCUCAAUUCAGUUAUAUGGGCUCGCUGCCCAAAAACAGUGUUUGUGGGGAGAAACAGAGUGGAGGCGGCUGUAAGCAUGGCCAUAUCAUCUUUUAAUGAGGGUGCGUCAGCCAUCCUUAAUUUGAUGGCCAACCUGUGGCUGGAGAGCACAACAAUCACCCUAAACACCAUCAGGGAAGCUGACAUGCUGAGGGUCACCAAGGCAAAUGCCAUCCUGUCUCCUCAAACAAAGGGAAAGAGAAAACAUGAGAGCAAUGAAAGAAAAGUGAAAAGGCACCAGCAAGAACAGGAAGAGGGGGCGAAAUAUGGUGCAGGGAUGGAAAUGUAGGCCCAAUGUUCUGUAUAUGCAAAUCAAUUAAUUACCAUAGCCCACUUAAACUAGAUAAAAAAAAUGAAUUGCAUGUUUUGUGUAAUCAUUUUGAUUUAAGUUAUGAACUGGUUCAUGAUGAUACAGUAUGUAUAAGUUCAAAUCUUACCUUAUUCACCUGCACAAUACCGUAUAAUUAACCAGCCUGUUACAGCAGUUGUUGGCUUUCUAUGGCUGCCAUGUUAUUAAAUUAUUUAUUUAAAUGUUCUUUAUAUAUUCAAAACUGUUAUAACGAAGAGCUUGAGCCUUUAUUUUGCGUUCUAGUAGAUUUUUGCUGUAUAAAUGUAUGAAAAUCCCCUAUAUAAAUCUUUAAAUGCCGUUUUCUCAAAAUGAGUGUUUUUCCAUUUUUAGGUGCACAUUUCUCAGCCUAUGUAGAACCUAGGUACACCCCACUUCCCAGUUUCACACAUAGCAUUGUUAUGAAGACAUCUACACAUGGAUUUAUUUAUAAAUUGUUCCUGGCCAGAUUUAUGGGUCAUUUUACCUGGAAAUCAUGGCGAAAAUAGGGUUUUUAAGGCCAUGGAUAGUAUAUUUUGAUUUCCCUGGUCAUAAAAGCAGAUAUCCUAAAAUCCAUGUGAGGAUUUUUUGUCAUUUGAUGUAUAAACAAAAUAAAAAAAGAAUUUUGGUCCUGGCUUUAUCCCAGUUUAAAAUUCAUGCACCGGAAAUAUAUGCAAAAACGUGCAUAUUUAAUGAGAUUCCGCCUAAUUAGCAUAAUUAAAUAUGCAAAAUUCAAAGACUUGUAAUACAUUUUUUUCUUAUAAUGAUGUAUGUAAUCAACUGGUAAAGUUUCAUGGUGAUCCCUUGUAUUGAAAAAUGUUACCCUACUCACCUGCCAUGUCUGGCCUUAAAGUAUUAAACAAUUAAAAUGUUGACCGGUCUCCCUUUGCGCAAAAUGCGGCUGUGUACGAUCACACACUCUUUGGUAGAGACGUCUGUGUCGCGUCAAUCAUGAAGGACAUCUAUGUGGCGUUUCCGAUGUCAGCAGCUGUCUUUUGCUUUAAGGUGUCGCCUAUUAUCGCAAUGAAUUGUGCACAUGCCAUCUCAUUGCUAUACGUCGGGUUGAUGUUUAAUCCAUUUUCCUUCAUGAGAAUAAUUUCGGAUUUAAAUUUGGUGAAUGGCAACUCCUCUUUGGCAAUGUUGUAUGCAACAUUAAAUUUAUCAUUUCCGAUUCCUUAGAGAACCUUAUUGUUGCUGCCUGUCGCUGAAAUGCAGCUGGGAGAGGGGCCACUUUCCCUACACACUUGUCACGUCAUGUUGGGUUAUUUAGACAUAUGCUUUUUUAAUGUUUCGAUACGAAACGUUCUUGGCCCGCUUACAAAUGCACUAUUACCGGCCAUAUUCUGACUGCACUCUAAAAGCAGUGCGUUCCGUAAUGCACUGCGUAAUAAUAAAAAUUUUAUGUAAAUGAGUCAGCAUUUAAAUAAUUAGUGUGAUGUACAUCGUUUGGAUGAUGUGUCCCCAAUCUCGUCACUUCCAAUUUUUCCUCCAAAGACAUUAAAGAAAACCGAUUAGAAAUUAAAUAAUCCACUUCGUUCAUGUUCAUGCUAACGCCCACCAUACUGCUACUGUGCUGUGAUUGGUCGAAGGUCACUGUGCUGUAGCAACUGUGCUAGCUGGUCCAAGGUCGGCCUUUGGGCUAAACUAAUUUAGCCCAAAUGGGAAGCAUAUGAAGGAAGCGUGUCAGGGCACCUGUCAAUCAAACGUCAAUGGAAGCUUAUGCUACUGUGUUUGGGCUAAAUGAAAUUAGCCCAAAUGGGGGCGUGUCACAACACCGGUCAAUCACAAUAAAAUGGCCGCUUACGCUACUGUGCUUGGGCUGAAUGACUUUAGCCCAAAUGGGAAAGCAUAUGAAGGGGGCGUGUCACGAUACCUGUCAAUCAAAAUUGAAUGGAAGCUACUCCGCUUGGGCUGAAUACAUUUAGCCCAUUCACAGGAAAAAAACCAAGAUAUAUCAUAUAUCCUGGGUUUUUCUGUCACUUUUUGGUGCAGGUGCUGCUUUAGGUUCUACCAACAUUUAAAACAAUAUGUUCUACGGUUUAUAUUAAUAUUUUUUCAUUUUUACUGUAAAAGGUAGGGAGGGCUUAGCCCUGUUAGCCCAUUUAUACCAGCCGUCCCUGAACAUAACUAAAUCAAUUUUCAACCGUUUAUCUUCGUACAAACCAUUUAACAAAUCUGCACACUUGUAUCUUCAAUAAUAUCUAAACAGAAUUUCGAUAUCAUUUAAAAUUUCUUCAGAAUCACAGUUUUAGUUUCAUACCGCUUGGUUUUCAGCUGUUUUCAUCUAAGACGUCAGCCCAUUCUGAUACAGCUACUUCUAGACAUCGUAACUCAUUCAUUUUUCAACCGUUUACCAUCGUUCAAACCAUUAAACAAAUCUACACACUUGUAUCUUCAAUACUAUCUAAACGGAAGUUUGUUUAUACUUUUUUCAGAAUCACAGUUUUAGUUUCAUACCGGCAUCGUUUUCAGUUGCUUAUAAUAAUUUAGGUCACCAUAGCAACGCCGGUGUGAGUACCAAAUGUGAUCGGCUGCCAGAUCGGUUCGGGGUCCUGCCCUUACUGAUGACGUAUCGACACGUGAUGUAUCGACGCAAGCCAACGGCAAAACCCAGAAGUGUUUAUAAACGGUGCUCAAUCAGUUUUGGCUUUGAUUUCAUUGAACGGAGCCCGUUCUCUCACAAAGCCAUUGGAAACACGUCUUAAAGCACUGAUGAAUGCAUAUUUUUAUUUUCACAUAUGUUAAAGUAAGGAUUGGCAUUGUUAAAGUUAGAUAUUAAGACAGUAUUUUCUAGUUUCUAUUAACUGAAAAUGAAGAACUUGGGACAGUCAUAUGAUUGAUGAGAUUUUAUUUGCUCAUACAAAACAGAAUAAAUAAGACAAUACAUUGAUACAACUGAGGAACAGCUAAAUGUGAAUCCAUAAAAAACUGCAUGUUUAGAUCCCAUGGUGAAUUGAGGAUGAAUUCAUGAAUGUGUUCAGAUUAGUUUUUCAUCCUAUUCCUU